GGCGCGUACUUUCGGCCGGCGUCACUUUAGAACGCGCAUUUUUUUGCAGACUUUUCAUUUUGUAAUAAAUUGUCUUAGCGUCAGUACACUAAGUGCUGAAAUUAAAUUAAGUUGUGCAAGUGGAGUUAUAUAUUUUCUCUUGAACUAACUAGUGUAUUUAAAUGGCAAAUAAAAUGGCCAAGAAAACCGACAAUCCUGAGAGCACCGGAAAGGGUUCAGAUGGUGAGGAGGAGGAGGAGUAUGCUGUCGAGAAGAUCAUCGACCGGCGGGUGCGCAAAGGAAAGGUUGAGUACUACCUCAAAUGGAAAGGCUACGCAGAAACUGAGAACACCUGGGAGCCGGAGAGCAAUCUCGACUGCCAGGAUCUCAUCCAGCAGUACGAGUUGAGUCGCAAGGACGAGGAAAAGGCGGCUUCUUCUAAAAAAGAUCGACCAAACAGUAGUGCCAAGGCCAAGGAAACAAACACAGGACGCGUCAGCACAUCAGCGACCACAACAAGCAAGCGAAAGUCCGAAGAACCAGCAGCACCCGUUAGCAGCAAAGUAAAACGUACAGCAGAGGUAGAACAGGACGGCGGCAUUUCCGCAGUUGGCUCUACAGGAUUUGACCGCGGCUUGGAGGCCGAAAAGAUUCUGGGAGCCUCUGACAACAAUGGGCGCCUGACAUUCCUCAUUCAGUUCAAAGGCGUAGAUCAGGCUGAAAUGGUGCCCUCUUCAGUGGCCAAUGUAAAAAUCCCGCAGAUGGUGAUCCACUUUUACGAGGAGCGCCUGUCCUGGUACUCGGAUAAUGAGGAUUAAAACUGUCGGCUGAACGACAGCGGAAAUGAGCGCUCAUAUAUCUAACGAAAAAAAAAACACUUAGAAUUAUUUCUAGCCUACCUGCAGACGUUUACAAAACUCCCCUACAACUCAUGAAACGUCGGACAACAUUUUUAUAUGUAACCGUCAAGCACUAAUAUUUGUAUUUAUGAUGUUUUCAAUGAAUAAACAAAAACUAUGUUCUGCCGCA